GAUCGAGACCUUUAUACCCAAAAAACAACAAUGUCCAACACAUCCGCCCGUCUUCAAAGUCAUUGUCUACUGCUACAAGAACAAAGAACAAUAGGAAUUAGUAGCCAAUGAUUCUGACGCACACUAUUCCCACCUCAAGACUCUUCCAAUCCUCCUCCACUGGAGAUGGCUGCUAGAGCGACUGGAACAGCUGCAGUUGCUGUGGAAUCGAAGUUCUCGCAGCUGAUACGUUCCGGUCAACUGAAGUCAAUAGAUGCUCUAGCUUAUGGAUCAUUCAAAGGUAUCACAGGGGACGAUCAGUGUUUUUCUUAUAAGCUUUCCGCCUUCCACGCCUAUGGCUCUCAUCAAGCACCAGCGGUAUCAAAAACCUACAACCCAGACCACUAUAACAUUCAGCACCUUUUAGUCAACAAAUCCUCGCCUUUAUGGCUCUCUGUUUUUUGUGCGAAAGUUAAUGGAGGAAACAAGAAAGUUAUACGAACCCACAUGGUACGAAGGAUCAGAACUGCAAUUAGAGAAGCCUUGAAGAACCAUGAUUAUGACUUGUCUGGGAAAAGGAUAUCCAACAGUAUAGGGAGGGGUAGCAAGGGCGAGGACCUAGUUGGUACGAUGAUAAUAUCUGCCAAAGACAAGGCCUUGACUGCAAAGAUGGAUGUUUUACAAGAUCAAGCGGAGAUGGCUGUGACCGCAUUGAUACGAAAGUUCAAGCUGGAGCGUGAAGCUCGACAUAACAGUUCAAAUCAGAAUGCCAGCAAACAAAACAAGGGCACGCCCGUGGAAGUGAAAAGGGUCCAAAUGAAAAAUAGGGCGAGGGAAAAGGGGGGCGAUACAACAGUGAACUCUCCAAAGAAGAAGAAAAACACCAAGAAUAAGGUAUUUGGUGGAACAGUCUAUCAAAAGUGAUGGAAAAUAAUGCAAAAUAAUAAAUAGACAAAAAUCUCAAGUUAGAAGCUACCA